AUGCCGCUUGUGGUGGCCGCAAAUCGAGAUGAGUUCCAUCAGCGCGAAAGUGCGGCCGCACAAUUCUGGCAGGACCAUCCACAGGUGCUGGCCGGCCGCGACCUGGUGGCUGGAGGAACCUGGCUGGGGGCGACGCUGAACGGCCGGUUUGCUGCGCUGACUAAUUUUUCCGGUCCCGAUGAUGCACCUGCGCCCAAGUCUCGCGGGCUCCUGGUGCAGGAUUUUCUGACCGGCACCGCACCGGCUGCGCACUACGCGCACAAUAUUCAUGGGCUCGACUACGCGGGUUUUAAUCUGCUGCUGUUUGAUGGUACCGAGCUGGUUUACACCUCAAACAAAAGUGCCACACAGGUACUGGAGCCUGGCUACUAUGGGUUGAGCAACGCUGAGUUGGGCGCUCAGUGGCCAAAAUGUGUACGCGGUGCCCAGGGCCUGAAGCAUAUUGUGCAGGAAGAUUUUGAUGCGGCUGAUCUGGUUGGCUUGCUGCACGACAGUGAUAUACCGCCAGACGAAGACCUGCCUCAUCGUGGCCGUCCUAUUGCCCUCGAGCGUCGUACGGCAUCCUGUUUUAUUGUCGGUGAUGAAUACGGCACACGUGCCAGCACCGUUAUUGUCAUGUCUGCGGAUAAUCUGAAGUUUACUGAGCAAACUUAUCUUGCCGGUGGCAUCAGCGCAAUGGCGCAGACCUAUUACGAAGCGGGUGCUCAGGUUGCGAUUCUGGCCCGUCGCCAAGAGCCACUUGAUGAAGCUGUGAAAGAAAUUUCGGCCGGCAGCGGUGGAGAGAUAGCAGCGUUUACGUGUGAUGUCAGCGAUGCAAAGAGCAUCAUCGCCACGCACAAAGCGGUUGUAGAACGUUUCGGGGCAGUGGACAUUCUGGUCAAUAACGCCGGCCAGUCAGCGGCUAAACCCUUUGCUGAUAUUACAGAUGAGGAUUGGCAGAACGAUAUCGAUCUCAAGUUGAUGGCAGCAGUACGCCUGACGCGAUUAGUCUGGCCACACAUGCAGGCGCAGUCCUGGGGUCGCGUGAUCAAUCUGCUGAAUGUUUAUGCCAAAGUGCCGGAUGCGCGUACCGCGCCAACGUCUGUGACGCGAGCGGCGGGCAUGGCGUUAACAAAGGUGCUGGCGGCUGAAGGUGCACCGCAUAACAUUCUUGUCAACGCGAUGCUGAUCGGUUUCAUAAAAAGUGACCAGAUCCAACGCCAAUAUGAUGCAGCACAUAGAGAAGAAUCCUUUGACGAGUUUGUUGCCAGGGCUGGUCAGCGCUUACCGAUGGGCCGCAUGGGUGAAGCGCAUGAGUGCGCUAAUCUGGCGCUUUUCCUGGCCAGUAACGCCUCGUCUUACAUCACCGGCUGCGCAAUCAAUAUGGAUGGCGGGUUAUCCAAAGUGGUUUAA